UGAUAUUUCCCGUCUCGUGCAGUCCAUCGUACUGUGGAUUCCGUUCGAGCUCUCGGGAUUAAGGUAUCAGCGGAGAUGUCUGAAGAUUGACACCUUUUGCCAGCAAGUUUUUCUGUGGACGUUUCCGCCAUUUUGAGAGCUGGAGGAAAAAAUGUAAGAUGUAUAAGAGAAUUGUUUCACCGGAAACCGCGAGCAAGAUGAUGUUGGUUGUGAUCUUGAUCGCCGGAACAGCCUUGACAAAUGCAGUGGAGAUACCAGUUGGUCUUCUUCUGGACAAGAAUUCAGGAGAUCUUGAAAGUGCGUUCGACUUUGCCGUACAAAUGAUGAACCGAAAUGGAGCAAAUCUCGGGGGUUCGACAAGUCGCCACAGAUUUUUUGCAUCGACUAGAAACCGAACAGACAUGACGGACAAUUACAAAGUCAGCUCAGCUUUGUGUAAAAUGGUGGAGAGCGGCGUCAUGGCAGUCAUCGGCGUCAGCAAUGCUCUCAUCUACAACACCAUUCAGUCGUUUAGUCACGCGCUCAACGUGCCUUACAUAACAGCAUCGACGUCACGUGCCUAUAGCAACGGGCGCUACCACUACGACAUUACGAUGAGUCCACCGUUUAUAGACGCCGUCAUUAGGCUUAUAGAAAUUAAUCACUGGCCAGAGCUGUACUACGUGUAUGAUUCGGAUGCAGGACUGUGGCGACUCCAACAAAUCUAUAAGCAUUUCCAAGACAAGGUGUUUCCUCGCACAAUCGACGUCUACAAGAUCAGAAACAUAUCUAACUCGUACGGUCUGCUCCGAGGACUUGAUUCCAAAGUGUUCGGUAUUAAGCGAAUCAUCCUCGAUCUGUCUUCCACUGAAUCCUACAAGAGUAUUCUAGAUCAGAUAAUUGAUGUAGGAAUGAACCGAGAAAACUAUCAUUACGUCUUAGCUGGACUGGGCCCCAUGGAUCUAGGCGAUGACUACUACUCGUCGUUUCUGUUUGGUGGGGUGAACAUCUCGGCGUUUGGCAUCAUACAGCGAAAGAUGGACACCUACAAGACGUGGCAGAUUCUCUACAGCAGACACACGUCGUAUUACCCUAACCUGUUUCCUCUCUCGACCGAGAGCGCGCUGAUGAUCGACGCCACGAUCGCCAUGUUCCGCUCCAUACCGCCACUGAUGGACCAGGGCAAACUCAAGCUGCAGAGAGGGCGGCAGGUCGGGAUCAAAUGUCGAGGAAACUUCAAGUCGGAAAAUGGGGGAGUGGUUCGCCGGAGUUUCGUAAAGGCUCGGUUCAGUGGACUGACUGGAAGGGUUGCUUUCAACGAAACAACUGCUGUCAGAUCGGAAUACACCAUAGACGUACACGAGUUGCGCUACAAGCAACCAAUGCAGCAGACAUACUCGUGGACACAGAAAGAAUUGAACAAACCCUACACAGACUGGCAAAUCUAUGGAAACGACACGUGUGCCAACUGUACCCAAAGAGUUACAACUUUCCUGGUAUCUCCGUUUGUGAUGCGGAAGAAGAACACGAACGGAGCGCCCCCUGUCGACCCGACUCACAGCCUGGAGGGAUACUGUGUGGAUUUAAUCGCGAUGAUCGCCGAGAGAGCGCACUUCGAGUUCAGUAUCAAACUGGCCGACGACUACGGCAAGAAACACGACAACGGCACGUGGACCGGCAUGAUCGGGGAACUCGUCAGAGGGAAAAGCGACAUAGCCGUCUCUGCCCUGACGAUCACCGAGGAGCGCGAGAGAGUGGUGGACUUUACCAAGCCCUUCAUGAACACGGGCAUCAGCAUCAUGAUCAAGAAACCAGACAAGGUCAAGCCCGGGGUCUUCUCCUUCAUGGAGCCGCUCGACAGAUACGUCUGGCUCUGCAUCGGCGUCGGCUUCCUCGGCGUCAGCUUCGUCCUGUUCUUCGUGGGCCGCUUCAGCCCGUUCGAGUGGAACAUCAACGACGGCGAGAACAAGGAAGAGGCGAUGUCGACGUUCACGAUCUCUAACACUAUGUGGUUCUCUCUAGGAGCUCUAAUGCAGCAGGGGUCUGAUAUAUCGCCAAGGUCGGUUUCAGGACGGAUUAUUGGUAGCGCAUGGUGGUUCUUCACGUUAAUCAUUAUAUCCUCCUACACCGCCAAUCUGGCGGCCUUCUUGACCAUAGAGAAGAUGGUCACGCCAAUCGACUCGGCCGACGACUUGGUCAAACAAAGCAACAUAAAGUACGGUACUCUGAAAACAGGAACCACUUGGUCAUUCUUUGAAAAAUCCGCGGUGGUUGUAUUUCGAACUAUGGCGGAGGUGAUGAAGGAAUCCCCAGACGUGUUGAUGGACACGGUCGAGGCUGGCGUGGAUAAAGUGCGCAAGUCUAAGAGCAAGUACGCGUUCAUGUUGGAGUCUGCGAUGAACGACUUCCACAACCAGCAGGAACCGUGCGACACCAUGAAGGUGGGGGACAACCUCGACAACAAGGGGUAUGGAAUAGCGACAAGACUACUCUACCCCAUGAGGAGUCAGAUAAAUAUAGCCGUCUUGGAGCUGAGAGAAAUAGGAGAACUUCACAAACUACAGCAGAAAUGGUGGAUAGACAAAGGAAAAUGUGGAGACCAGGACUCAGGAAAGGAUGCUACUCAAAGUGCUCUUACACUAAGCAACGUGUCCGGUAUCUUCCAUAUCCUCAUUGGUGGCCUCGUUCUGGCCAUGAUUACGUCAUCACUGGAAUACCUGGCUCAGAAGAAGAUCAAAGAAAAGAAGAAUAAAAAGAAGAGGAAGAAGCCACUCCCACCUCCACCCCCGCCCAACCCACCACGACGGGAAAACUUCGAAACAUUUAACACCAGCGCCGCCUACUCACCCGAGCACGAAAACGGAGGGGUAAGACCUGAACCGAACUUAACGAGCCAUUACAACUUUCCACCAGCGGGUCAGCUUGUGACGUUUGAAAGUCAACCAACCAGCAGUCACACAGAAAUAUAAACAUUUUCAAUUUACUUAUAUAUUUAUAUUUAUAGCACGUGCAAUUAUAAUCCAUCAUAUAUAUAUAUAUAUAUUAUCUUGGCUAUUUCAAAUUAUCACAUGUGUGUUUAUCUAUAUUUAAAAUGUAUUCCUAAGAAUGUUUUGUUGUUCCAAAGUUUUAAUUUUAAUUUUUAUUUGUCAUUGUUUAUUUAUUUAUUUAUUUAUUUAUUAUUUUAUUAUUAUGUAAAUAUUGUAAUAUCUAUGGUUGUCUUUCUUUCUUACAACGAUUCUAGACCGUUGGACAUAUUCAGAUGCUGGAAGUCUUGACAUGUAUUAAUUUAAUAAAAUGAUUUAGUUUUUCCAAAUAA